AUGAUAUCAACACAGAAAAUAUCAAAAUACAAGGAUACACAAUGGAAACGAAUACGAGCGGAGGACAUGGUCAUAGAGACGGAUAAGAAAGAUCCGGUGGCAAUCUACAAAUCAAAACUGGCCGGUGGUGGAUUCGUCGUUCCCAACAUAUCAUUUCUUCCCGAGAAAAAACGAGACAGUAGCAAAUAUUUUCUGAUGGACCACGAUGACUAUGAGCAUGCCAGCAAGCUGUACGCAUACGGGAAAAAGGACAUUCUAAAAGUACUAAUGUACUUUGGUGAAUAUCUGCUUAAAGUGUUUGGAAAACGGAAAAUGAUCUAUCUUCGAGCGAUUUGUUCAUUGAGAAUGAGCACAACUGAGGACGUGGAUGAUUUUGGAACGGAAAGUAAGGCCACCCGGGUUUUUGCUGAGGAAGUUUUUGAUGUGAUUCAAUUGGCGAGACUUCUACAAAAUAAUAAAUGUGCCAAAGAUGAUACCAAACUGAUAAGACUUGGUAACAAAUGGAACUCGGAAAAUGGCUACUACCAAACGAUCACACUGGCAGAACUAAACAAAGUUUUGGAUGAAUUCGAAGUGGACAAAAGUCUAAUUACAGUAAUUGAUGAUCCAGGGCAAAUAACUGCCAGCAAGAUGACACUUCAAUCCGAUAGAAUUUUGAAAAUCCUGAGUUAUGAUAAUUGUUUAUCAGUGGAUAUUCCUCAAUGCAUUUUAUAUGCUGUUAAAUCACUAAUUGUUGGAAUUAAAUGGGAAAAAGUGUCCGAAAAGAGGAAAUUGAAUAUUAUAUCUCGAAUUUGGGAUUGUAGUUGGCAGUGUCAGGAGGGACUCUACAGUAUCUACGAUCACAUUGUCCAUCAAAUAAAAGUGAAAAAGUUUGAGCACCUCUCCAUCUACAAGUCUACCAUAAAACGUCCGGACUUUUUCAUGAUAUCGAAAUCUCCAGAAGAAAAUGUGGAUUCUGAUGUCUAUAUCAAAAUGGCUGAAGAAUACGGGCUGAAAAUGUUUCAAGUAUUUCGAGAAGACGAUCAAGUUCCAGUAUUUGUAAUGAGGACUUUGGUGGUGAUGGGAUUUUUGGAUAGUUUGGAGUUGGGAAGUCAAAUGGAUGAAUUUAGAAAUUUUGUGAUUGGCGCAAUGUUAACUAUGGUUCCUGUUGAUUCGAGACCACUUAUUAAGGAGUAUUUGAUCAAUUCUGCCAAAGAACCAUUGCCAGAGAAGAAAGUGGCGGUACCGGAACCGAAAAAAUCGGAACAAACAACUGAAAUUGUUUUGGAAAUCCCUCCUCCUGGAUAUCCCGAUUGUCCCAAUUGUGCAGCAAACCGAGAACUCGAAGUACAAAUGAUUAAAGCUGAGCAAGAGGCUAGAGAGCAGCUGGAACUUGUGGAGCCACAAGGAAGAAUGGUUUUUGGAACUAAAGAAGGCAUUAUAAGCCAUGAUGAUCAGAUUAAAGAGUUGAAAGAAGAACUGCUGGAGCUCGAGGAGUUCGGGGAGGAAUAUUUCACUGAUUCUAAAGAAAUAGUGAAAAUCAAUAUAGAAACGGCCGAUGAAGAUUUGGAAGAUCUGCAAGAAGAAAUCCGGGAAGCUGAAAUGGAAUUGGAGACACUUCUCGAAGCCAACAAAAGUCUUCUCAAACAGAUUGAACAAUUGGAAAAAGAGCUGGAAAUUGGAAAUCUAGAUUUUAAAAUGUCCAAAAUCACAAUUGAAACUUCUGAAAUCACCUCCUGA